UGUCAACCUCAUCACAACCACAGGUACUAUGUCACGCACGGCGCUACUUGACGUGGAUCCGAGACGGGGGCUGCUGGCAUGUGACGCCGUCACGGUCAACAUCGCCGCCAUGGGACACACCGAGCGCGAUCCGUUGAUCAAACCACGUGAUCUAUCGGUGAUUGGAACGUCCAUGUCUGAAUACGUGACCAUCGCCGGCUUUCGGUCGUCGACGGUGUGGUUCGCCGUGUACGUGGUAGUAUGCCUGGCGUCGGGGGGGGUGAUGUGGGUUGUCACCACGUGGUGGCCGCAGGUGUACACGUAUGUGGCCCGCGUGCGCGUCCGGUCGUUGGCUAUCGCCGAUGUCGUCUUGGUGCGAGACAGUGGCGGUGACAUGCACGAGUGCGCAGUCCAUGUCGCAGGGCAGGUGCGAAGCUUCGAGUUCAGGAGCCAGCGAUACCUCUUUGUUCACCAGUCAGGAACGUUCGAACGAGUUCCGGCUAUGCUAUUCGAGUCAGUGGGCUCUGUGUUUCAAAGCGUUUCAAGAGGGUUAGCUGAUUCGGUGGUGUCUGAUCGCACGGAAUUCUACGGUCCCAAUGCUAUGAAUCUCAAGUCGCCUCCAGUCUUGCAGCUUCUUUUUCAAAAGACCGUGCACCCGUUUUACCUGUUUCAGUUGAUUUCCGUGGCGUUGUGGCUUGAAGAAGCAUAUGUCACAUAUGCAUUAGCCAUACUGGCCAUGUCCAUCUUUAGCAUCGCCUACGAAGUGUAUACGCAAGUGACCAACGCCAGUCAAAUGCAAGCGCUUGUCGCUUGUUCAAUCACGGUCCAGGUCAAGCGAGACGGACGUAUUGUACUGGUGCUGGCGUCGGCACUAGUUGUUGGAGAUAUUGUGCUGGUGCAAGAGCAAGUGGUUCCUGCGGACAUGGUCGUGUUGGUGGGGGAGUGUCUCGCAGAUGAAUCGUCGUUGACUGGUGAAGCCAUCCCCGUGACCAAACAGAGUGCGCACGACGACUCGAACACGGCAGUCCUCGAGUGCCACAAAAGUGGUGUAUUGUACGCUGGCUCGUCGGUUGUUCGGGUGAAUGGGGACAAUGUAUGGGCCGUGGUCACACGCAUUGGGUUUUCCACUUUUAAAGGCGAUUUAUUUCGGCAAAUUCUAUACCCCGACGCGAUUCCGUUUCAAUUGGUCACAGAUAGCUACCGGUACUUGAUUGGUCUGUCCAUCGUCGCCGGACUGACCAGCCUCCAGCGCAUCUACGACGCGGUACAAGCCCAGUCGACGUUGGGGGAGCUGGUUAUAUCCGUAUUUGACUUGAUUUCCACGGCGAUUCCAGCGGCGCUGCCGAUGAUCUUAACGGUCGGCGUCGGCUUUUCCCUGGCGCGGCUGCAGCAUGCGCGUCUGUGUUGUCUGGACGCGCAAAAGAUUAACGUUGCAGGGCAUAUCGACUGCUUUUGCUUUGACAAGACGGGCACGUUAACGAGCGACCAUUUGGACUUUGAAGGCGUGGACGUGUGCGAUGGGUCGCCCGUCACAGCACACCCGUCCGAUCUCGACUUGGAAUAUGUAGCGCUGGCAUCAUGUCAUAACUUGAGCGUGGACCAGCAUGGACAUAUCUCAGGUUAUUCGCUGGAUCGAGAUAUGUUUGCAGCCUCCAACUAUACGAUGGACGCCACUUCCCAUCAACUCACCAAAGAACCUCGUCAUGAGGAUAUUAAAGAAGAGGCUUGUGCUCAUGUUACGCUGACGUAUAUCCGUCGAUUUGCAUUUGAUGCGGCGGUGCAGCGGUCGUCGGUAGUAGUGCAAGUGUCCACUGAACCAUCUAGUCUAAAGCGCGUCUACGCCAAGGGAUCUCCGGAAGCCAUUGCCGAGAUUUGUACGAACGUGCCAGCCACGUUUCACGUGAUGGUUCAACAAUACACUGCCCAGGGCUUGUACUGUAUGGGACUCGCUAUGAAACGAAUGAACACGCUGGAAUCCACGACAUUUCGCGCACAAGUGGAGUGCGACAUGCACUUUCUAGGCUUUCUCCUAUUUGUGAACCAUGUCAAGCCUGAAUCUCGAAGAGUUAUUGAAACCCUCGAGGCUGGGGAUAUCGACGUGCGCAUCAUCACAGGCGAUAACGCUGUCACAGCUAUGCACGUGGCGCGACUGUUGAAUAUGCGCCUAACGACAGCCAUGUUGUACUUGGAUGUGUCGCCCUCUGAUGGUACCAUCAUGUACCAGCUGUACCCAACUUCCAUGACGUGGCUACCUGUGGGCGACCUCACGACGUUGUUGGAAUUGGAUUUCGAUCUCACUAUUACUGGGGCCGCCUUGGACGUAGCUCAAGCUUCGUCGCUCAAUCCAAUGGUUCUCACACAGCUUGUGGAAAAAACCAAAAUAUUCGCUCGGACCAAACCCCAUACAAAGACUUGGAUUGUUAGCCGGCUUAUGUCUACAGGACGGUUCGUGGGUAUGACUGGGGACGGUACAAACGACUGCGGGGCGUUGAAAGCUGCCCACGUGGGCCUGGCCCUGUCCGACGCCGAAGCAUCGAUUGUGGCGCCGUUUACCAGUCGUGACAAAUCGAUCGAGGACGUGGUGGCGUUGGUUCGCGAAGGCCGACCGCUAUGGUGGCAUAUCUGA